AUGCCCGCCCCUACCAACACCCUCCUCAUUGAGGGUUCCUUCUCCGAGCUCGCCGAUGAGUUUGCCCAGUACAUCGACGCCCUCCGCAAAGAGGGUAGCCUCCAGUCCGAGAUCGCCCCGCUCCUCGAACCUCUCCGCCAGCAGGAACAGUCUGAAGGCGAGGCCGACCUUAAGCAGCGCGAUGAGGUCCUUAAGAAGCUUGUGUCCUCUGCGACCGCUUUGAACAGUGCCCCCGAGAAGGAGAUCACUUCGGCCUACAACCUUCUGAUCCACCUCGUUCACCAGUCUUCCGACGUCGAUGUGUUCCUCCCUCGCAUCUGCACUUACCUCGCUAAGCCCAUCACCACCUCGCCCCAGUUCGGCCCUACGCUCGCCAUCUCCACCCUCACCACCAUCUUCAACACCCUGUCCUCCACCGAUUCGAGCCGUUACCACGUUCUCCUGGCCAUUGUCGCGGUGAUCCGCCAGUCUGGAUCUGGAGCUGCCUUUGAAGCCCUCCGUCCCCAGCUCACUUCUCAGCUCCCCACGUGGCUCUCGGCAUGGGAGUUGGACAACGACGACGCCCGCAAGUUGCACAUUGCCAUCGCCGAGGCCUCCAGCGCUGCCGGUGAUGAGGAUCUGGCCCAGACCCACAUCGUCCGGGCACUCGAGACCAUCGACGUUGCCGAUGUCAGCAAGCCCGAAUCCCGCGAGCUGGCCGUUCGCGCCCUCGCUACCGCUCUGCGCCGCCCCAGUGUCUUCGACUUCACUCCCCUGACUGCAUCAGACGCCGUGCAGGCCCUGCGCACCAGCGACAGCACCCUCUUCGAGCUGCUGGAGAUCUUCACCUCGGACACCCUCGACGCUUACGACUCCUUUGUCGCUGCCAACCCCCUCUCCUCCAUCUCCGGCGGCGUGCUUGCCGAGUCUGCCGAUGCCCUGGAGACCAAGAUGCGUCUUCUUACCCUCACUUCGCUGGCGUCCUCCACCCCUUCGCGCUCGAUCCCCUACACCACUAUCGCCUCCGCCCUGCGCGUUCCCACCUCUGAAGUCGAGGUCUGGGUUAUCGACACCAUCCGUGCCGGUCUCGUUGAGGGUCGCUUGUCUCAGCUGAAGGGCGAGUUCCUGGUCCACCGUGCCACCUACCGUGUCUUCGGCGAGAAGCAAUGGUCUGAGGUUCAGGGUCGCCUGAUGGUCUGGCGCCGCUCCCUCGAGAGCGUUCUGAGCGUCAUUCGCUCCGAGCGCGAGCGUUUCGCCCGCGAGGGUCCCCAGGCUCUGGGCGACCAAGAGAACAACAUGCGCAAUGACCGCCGUCGCGUCCAGCCUGCGCAGACGCGUGAGGUUGAGGCUGGCGCUGAGUAA